AAGUUCUGAGCAGUGAUAAGAGAAACACCAGCCAUGAAUCGAACAACAGCAAUAUUUGGCAUCUUUCUCAUAUUUGUGGCGAUGCAUGAACUGGAAGGCUUUACCGCUGGUAUUGGCAAUGCGGGACUCGGAAAACGUGACUACGUUUCAAAGGUAAUACAAAUUGUUCUAAAAAUAUAAUCUCUUGAGUUGCCGUCAGGCAAAAUUUUUUAAGAAUUAUUACUGUGGUGGUAAAAACUUCUAUUUGCUUAGCCAAUUCCAUUAUAUACAUAAACCUCAGCCCAGUGCAAAAUAAAGACUCUAAAAUUGGUUGUCUUUUAUUGAAAACGAGAUUUGACUUUUUAAAAAUUACAUACGCAAGACUAUUAAACUGUGUGUACGCGAAUGUAUCGAUAAGGUUGGUGUUAAGGCUCCGUACAAUUACUUUGCAAUGUACUCAGGCAAGAGACGGUUACCUAACUUUAAGUUUGAAAUCCUUUGGGAGAGAAGCCAUUGAUAAUAAUAAAGCACAUUGUCAAAUGAGAACAUACCUUUAAACUUAGUAAGAUAUAUGUAUUUAAAUAAAACAGGUACCAAAACAAGUAGAAAGUUUUAUUUGUGUAAGAUAGAGUGAAUUAUUGAGAAGUUCUUUAUACAGAAAGGAAAAAAAGUGAGCUUCAUGUUUUUAAUUGUUAUUAUCUUAAACAGGAGAGGUUUAAAGGUUAAAAAGAACUUUUAAAUUGUGUCAAUGCCAUUUGUAAAACAUUAAAAUUAACUUUGGCUCUAUUCCCCUGAUGUAAUAUCUCUCCCCGAAAAUUAAAUUUUUUGAAUCAUUAGCCUUUUGUUCAAAAGAUCUUUCACUAAGCUGAGAAUUUACUUUUCUGUACUUUUUUUCAUAAAGAAAGUAUUAAUUUUGUAAACUUAAUUAAAGUUUUCACACAAAGAUAAACAAUUCUACAUGGAAAAACUAAUGCCCUCGGCAGGUUCCUUUUACAAUCAUGAUUCAGUUAACAAAACAAUCAGUUGCUUUUCAAAAGUGCGAUAAGCAAUGGUUUACUGUCUUCCUAAAACAAUUAUUUCGCCAAGUUAAAUGCCUGGUCAGUUGCGGUUCAAUCGAUACAAUUUAAUCGUAAGACUCGUUGGCGCGCGUUCAACCCUGUUUUUUUAUCAAAACAACUAAACGAAACAAAACAAGUAAAAAAUACAAAACAAAAACAAACCACCAAAAAAAUACGCUUUUUGAGUCCUUGUACAACAAGGACUAAGAAAACAAAGCGCAAAAAGGAAACUUUGAAACUGAGAGUAGAAUGUUGAGAGUUAAUUUCUACAAGUCUUAAUUAAGAGUUCAUCAGUCACUUUUUUGAAUUUCUUGUUUUGUUUUAGGCUCGGAGGGAACUACAGGUGGUCUGCCGUUACAUAAGAAGCGUAGCUGUUCACAAGAGGUCUGGGGGAAGAGAACGUCAAACACCACUCCAAAUAAGGGAAAUAUGCGCACUGUGACGUCACCGACUAAAAAUGUUUGGCAAAAGCAGAUUAUGUACAUUAUAAAUGGAUCAAAACGCUUCUUUUUUUAAGUUAAUUUGUUUAAAAUAAAGCAAAAACAGUAUGUUAAGUAUCGUGAUUGCGUUUUUAUCUACUUUUUUGGGAGAAACAGACUUGUAAUUCAUCAUUUAGUUUUCACCACCGAGUUGAUUCAAGGUCUAGGCUCCGCUGCGCGCUCGCGCACUUUUGAAAUCAUGGGCCUUAUCGUUUUGAAUUAACUUGUAUACAUAUAUUUUGAAAUGCGUGAUGGUUGCACCCUUUCAGAAACUGAC